AUGUCGAAAGAUCUUGCCAGUGUCCGACAGGCCUUGGACCAGGCCCGCAAUUGUGAGGAUGGUGCUGUAGACCAACAAACCACCUCCAUCCUCGAAAAUGCCAUCACUGACCUCUGGACGCGCAUUCAAGCCGAUCCAGAGAGUUAUGUGCUGAGCCGUGAUGAGUUUGCGCUCUUCAAUUACUUUUUGGAGCGCUACCGUGGUUCGACCGUUGCCCAGCGGGCCGUCGAACGAUUCUGGAACAAUUACCGAGGCACUCCGAACGCUGGAGCGAAGAAUUAG